AACGACACCAUAGCCCUCCUAGUCCCGCUCCCGCACUCCUCGUACGUAGCGUCACGGCCGUACGUAGAGGCGCUAGCACGUCAGAGAGCGCCACUGGUUCUGUUCUGACCGAUCGGCAUGGCCGGGAGCGCGAGGUCGGCGGCCGCGAAGCACGCGUACCGGAUGUUCGCGCCGCCGUCCAUGGGCGCCAGCGCCGGCGCCGGCGCGGGCGUUGGCGGCGCGGAGGAGCUCGACGAGGCGGACGUCUGGGGCUCGUUCGGCGCGGCCUGCCACUCCAGCGCCGUGUCGUCCGACGACCUGGCCGGCGCCGCCGGCUGGGCGCGCCCGGUCCACGGCCCCCGCGCGGGGCGGAAGAAGCCCGUGGACGGCGGCGGCGGCGCGGUGGGGUCGCUGCCGAUGAACAUACCGGACUGGCAGAAGAUCCUCGGGGUCGAGUACCGCGACCACCAGCACGCGGGCGAGUGGGAGGCCGACGCGGACGACGGCGGCGGCGGCGGCGGCAGCUACGGCGGGGCGGAGAUGGUGCCGCCGCACGAGCUGGCGUGGCGCAGCCGCGCGGCGUCGCUGUCCGUGCACGAGGGGGUCGGGCGGACGCUCAAGGGGCGCGACCUCAGCCGGGUAAGGGACGCCGUCUGGAAGAGGACCGGCUUCGAGGACUGAGCCGAUGCUGAUCCCCCGCCGCGCAGGCCGCCGGUAUGUGUAGUGUAGGGGCCAGGGUAGUAGUAAGCUCUUUUUUUUUGUUUCGUUCAUGUUGAUGUGAGCCAACAGUGCGGGGGUGUGUCAUUCAUAUGGUGUGAUGAUUUUAAGGACACCUUGA